AGACGUUAGAGCCCUCUACAGAGCAAACGCAGCCACUGAGUCCAGAUGAAGGACAUGGGAGACGUUCGUCUCCAUGGCAACGCCACAACAAGUCGGCACGAGGAGGCAAAGAGAUUUGGCAGGGCUUAAGAAAGUGCAUUAUUAUUAUUUUCUUUGGAUUCCCCCCCCCCCCCAGUUCCUGAGCCAUGUGUGACGCGUACAGAGUUUCCUCCUCUGCCAAAGUGGAGCAGAUGGAGGCGGAUCUGUCGCGUCAGCUCUCGGCUCUCCGGGCGGAGAUCGAGGAGAAUGGAUUUCCUCGAGGAGCGUCCAGAUGUUACAGUUCCGUUCUACCUCCAAAAGAUGUUUCCUUCUUCCGGCUGGAGAGGGAACACGCACUGAGGAGAGGCCUCCAGGUGGCUGAAGCGUUGCCGGUUCGGUCUCCGGCUGACGUCAUGCAGAGAGAGCUGGAGAGCUGCCUGAGUUUAGAGUACACACCUGACAGUCUGCCUCCACUUCUACACCAGUUCUACACCGACAGAUCGUAUCAGAUGGCUCAGAUUAAAUAUGUGCUCAUGCUGAGAUGGAGGAGAUUCUGCCGCCACACCGGCGUCAUUGAGAAGCUUUAUCCUCAUUACAAGGAUCAGAUGUCAUGCUUGACGAGCGAGUACGAGGACGCCGUGCAGAGAGCUCGCCGCCUGUCGGCGAGCAGAGAGAAGAUCCUCGCCGGCCGAGGCGACCUCGCCGACCCGCCGACGCAGGACGACGUGCUCAUCUACCUGCGGUGGCUCGUCUGCCACCUGCACGCCGUCCAGCCCAUUCACAACUUCCUCAGGGUGCUGCACUACAUACCAGCUUGCGAAAGAACAGACGAGCCUCAACCAGAAACUUCACGUGAGACUCCACAUGUUGGCGGUGUUCCGGAGCCGGCUGCUGGAGUUCCUCUGCACUCCGCUCACCUGGAGGAGUUCCUCCCCGAGCUGCAGGCUCUCAUCGCUCACUUCCAGCUGUCCUCCGACGCUCGUGAACUCCAGACCACCGCAGACCAGAUGGAGUUAUUCAGCUCGGUCUGGAGGGAGUUCAGAACCAUCUUCGGACAACAGGAGCAGAUGAAGACGUUUCCUCAGUACGACGGGUCAGAGGUCAGAGGUCAGUGGGGGAGGAAGAGCCCGAGGACGGCUCUGAGGAAGGAGGCCGACUGGAUCCCCUUCAUUCAGGUGAAGCCCAAACGGGAUCCGUGGCAGCAGAAGCUCGUCGCGAAGCUCAAGGAAAAGAAGUCUGUCGACGAGCUGCUGAAGAUGAACAGCAGGCUUCUGCAGGUCGCUGAUCUGCUGCACGUCGCCGCGGCUUUAAAGCAUCACGCCGCUCACGUCGCCGACGUCCAAUCGGCAGCGACCUCGUCGGCCUCGCGCAGCAGCGAGGCAAAACGACCAAAGAUCUCAGAGCUCUGGACGAGUGUUUACGGCGCCGCUCCUCUCACUCAGGAAGGACCUGAUCAGGUAAAGAGAUCGAGAGGCAGAAGAGGCCACGAGAAGAAGAGUCCAACCUCGAACGUGGCGAAUGAAAGCAGCUCUCUGGAGGACAGCCUGCAGCUCCUGUGUCUGGAUGAUGGUUUAGAGGAAGGAACCUCAGAUCCCAUCGUAACCAGAGGCGCCUACCUGUCUCUGAUUCACCUGCGUCACCUCAAACUCAGACAGCUGCAGCGCGUCUCUCUCGGGCUGCUGAACUACCUGCGCUCUGUGGAGAGGACGUUGACCUUUGACCUGGCGGGUCUGCAGCGGGAGGAGGGAGAGCUGUGCAGCACGGCGGAGGAAACGGGCUGGAUGAACGCAGCCAGGGGAGGAGGAGGGGAGACGGGGGGCCUCGGCUCGCUCCAGUACAGCCACAACAGCCCCGUGGACUGCAAGGUCCGUUGCUCCGAGUUCAUGGAGUUCGCGGAGGUGGAGAACCUGCACGACUUCUACAGCGCGGAGCAGCGCUUCGUCCACGCUCAGGACCAGAGGGGCCUCUACAUCGUGUACGACGCCGCUCUGAGGGACCUGCAGGAGCUGGAGGACGAGCUCCUUCUCGUGGGCUCGCGCUUCCUCCAGAGAGACGGGGUCAAGAGAAGGGGAAGCGCCGCGAGAGCCGGGCCGGAUGUGGACCGCGUGGCCGUGCUGCUCGACCUGUGGACGUGCGAGACGGAGUUUCUGGAGAGCAAAGUGCAGCUCAUGAACUGUUACUACGAGGCCUACCAGCAUGCAUCGGGGGCCGAGGAGAGGUUCGCGUUGGCUCGAGUUAUCACCGACAUCAUGCACAGUCGACCACAGCUGGACCUGAACCAGGACUACUUUGUGCAGGCCUACAGGGCUCACAUCGGCUGCCUGCAGAGCCACCAGCAGCUCAUCAGAGACAUUUUGGACAAUCAGAUUGAAAACCAGCGGCAGUACCUCCAACGCAUCUGGAGGGACGACCGCAACGGCUCCGCUCAUGACUUUGGUAUUCCACCAAAACACAUCCCCAAACAUCUGGUCUCACUCGGAGGCAGCGGCCCUGCGCUGAUGAGCACCUUCCUGCUGGAGGUGCAUCCCUCCCUCUGCCUGUCCUCUGCGGUCUAUCACGGUUUAGUUCAGGCUCACGCGGAGCUGUGCCAGCUGCACCGAGCCACCGGCGUCACGGAGACGCUCGCCCUGCGCCGGCAGCUCCUGCGGCGGGCGCAGCGACGCUGGAAGCACCUGGCUCCACCCGGGGCCGCCUACAGCCCUCAGAUGCAGAAGGACUUGUUCUCAGGUGUGUUCUUCGAGGACCCGAUCUCGGUCCAGAAGGUGGGGCUGUCGUUGGUCCGAUCCGCAGAGGAGAAGGACGCGACGGGGGACAAACGGACGCUUGCGGCGGAAACGUUUUCCAAGCUGCUGGAGCUCGUCACCGUCCGCCAUCGCCUGCUGGAGUCGGCCUCGGAGACCGCGCAUCUGGCAGAGUUGUACAGAAACGCGGCGUCGGAGCUCGGCUUCGACGGGUGCCACCUUCACCUGAGGCCGGUGGCGUUUGAGGCCGCGGAGCAGAGGCCUGUUGUCACCACGGCGAUGCUGCAAGAUGACAGCGCCGUGGACCGGUUCACGCCGUCCCAGCUGCCUCUGAGCAUCCAGGAACUGGACGAGGACCAGAUCGGGAGGUUCAGCUUCAGCUCACAGGAGGCAGUUGCUCAUCUCGUGAACAAACGGGGUAUAGAAAACCUCCAGGUGAGUCUGGCCUGUCAGGUGACGCAGAAGAACGCCUUGAUGAGCGCCGUGAAGCUGCUUUGUCUUUGUCACGCGGCGUCGGCUCCGAGUGAAGCCGCUGGUCAUCCCGGAAGCGACGUCAACAUCCUGCAGGAAGAAUCCAACUCGUCACCCUCCGACGGCUCAGAGGGAACUCCCUCCUCCACCAAGGAGAGGCUUAUGGAAGCUUUUGUGUCCAUCCAGCUGGAAAAAGUGUGUCUGCGCGACGAGAUGCUGAAUUCAUAUGUGAAGAAGAAACGUCUUCUGAGAAGCCCGGAGGAAGCAGCGAAGAUCAAAAGGAGCCUCAUAAUCGACUUCCUCAAGAAAUUCAGCGCACAGAUAUCUCUGUAUUGCGUGCGAGCGCAGAUUGUGUCGUACUGUCACAGCCUGACCUUCCUUCUGGAGGACGUUCCCUCCGUCCGGAGGUCCCGCUUCACCAUCGGUCGAGCCCUCGACCCCAAGGUCGUUUUGGAUUCAGGGGUCGACCUUCGCCCCGACCCCCGGACCUUUCGCCUUCGGCCUCGGCGUUUGUUGUCUGCAGACGGCUCGGCUCUCUCCAACUUGUGGUUCGUCCCCCAUUUCUCUGAAGUGCUUCACAUGUUCACAAACCUUCCGGCGUGCGGCGCAGCUCUCCGUCACACUCUGCAGAUCGUCUCGGCCCUUCGUGACAUCGUCUGUUACCUCGUCGCUUUCUCCAGGCUGGGAAACGCAGACGACGCCCGGGGAGCGGACUGGGGGGGCGCCGAGGGCAUCGAAGCGGAGCUGCUGGAGCUCCAGCGUCAGGUCGACCUCCUGUCCGCUCCCGGCUGCCCGCGGUCUGUCGGCCGUCUGCUGCAGCUGCGCAGGCAGGUGCUCCUCCUGCAGUUCGACGCGGCCGUGAGACACCUCAUCAGGGAGGAGUUCCUCUCCUCUGGGGAUGCUGCUUCCUACCGGAGCGUGAGUGACAACAUGGCGACCGCCCUGCCCCCGCUGAGUGACGGCCUCCAGCCGGACGCGUUCAGUCUCACGCUGCCCGUUCCCGCGCCUCUCGAGGCUCGUGGCCGUCAGGCUCGGAGCUUGUUUCCGUGGAGGAGUUUCAUGGCCUGUGAGGGAUUGUUCCCUCUGGAUGUUUGGGACGUCCCUCCCAUCGAACGCUGCAUGCAGCUGUGUCUGAGCGGGCUGAGCGAUCGCAGCCGACUGCAGGCCAACGCGGCGAUGCUCGGGGUGUCUCUGCUCCUGGAGGACGUCCUGAACAGUGAAAGGGAGGCGGGGCCUGUUCGUCUCCGUGGCAACGAGGAUGACCCUCUGCACAAUGAUGAGGAAGCUGAGGAAGAAAAGAGGAAGACCGGUCCGUCUGCUCCUCUUCUUCAGGAUCCAGUCCGAGUCCAGUCCGUGUUGAAAGGGUUCCUCCUGCUGACGAAGCAGCUUCAGGUGUUCAAGGAGAUCUGGACUCGAAGGCGUUUGGGUGCUCGGGCGUUCGAGACGGCCAGUUCGUGUCAGCAGUUUGUGAAACUCUACAGAGCGGAGAUCUUUCACCCCAGUAUGAGAGCUCUGGCUCAACAGAUGGGGACGGAGCGCGACUACGAGGUCUCGACGUACGGCGGUCGGUCCCUCCUGCCUCCACCUGGAGCUUCAGAGGUGGAUGUGAAGGCCUGGCAGCUUCACAGUCUGUUGGAGAGCACCGAGUGCGACAUGAUCCGAGCGGUGCAGAGGAGGGUUAACCGAGAGCUGACGCUGGCGGUUUCAGAGCGGACCAGACAGGACGCUGGCCUCCCUACAGAGCUGUGGACGAAAGCCCCGCUGAGAUACAGUUUGACCCCCGAGCGGCCGCAGAUCGUGGAAACGUUCGUCCGGCAGCUGAUGGAGGGAGCGGAGGAAGCCGAGGGGCAGCUGACGGUCUCUCCGCAUCGCCUCCAGCGGUGCCUCGCUCUCCUCGGCUGCUCCCUGGCGGAGAGAGAGCGCCGCAGCUUUCUGCUCUACUCGCAGUUCUAUGAACAAAUCCUGCAGCACGAGACUCGGCUGCUGUAUCGGAGCGAGCAGGAUUUAAAGACUCUUCGGGACUCUCCGACCAGCGACUCCCACAAAGAGGUGGACGUUGCAUGUCGUGGGAUGAUGCUGCAGAUCUCAGCGCUGCAGACCCGAGUCGCUCACCUGGAAGACGAGAGGAGAACUCUGGAGGAGCAACUCGGCCUCAGAUUUAAGGAACGCUACGACCCUUUGGUCCGCCACCUCUUCUCCACCUGCAUCCAGCUCAAGGCCUGGCUUGACGAGUACCGCCGGCGGAUGCAGCAGGAUGUGAGUGAGAUGGUGAACAGGGUUCGAGGCGAGGGAGUGGACCGAAUCCUGAAGCUGAGGAAGAAGCACGGCUGCACCAAGGACGGCGAUGGACUCGCACAGUUAAAGAAAGAAGAAGUGCACGAGUUGAGGAGGGAGAACAGCCGGCUGGCCGCGCUGCUCUGCCAGCAGAAGGCUCUGAGCCGCUGGAGGCAGGCGGUCGACCACGAGAAGCUUCGCCGGCAGCUGCUGGAAACUCAGCAGAGGGAGAUUGCGUGUCGCAGCGACGCCCUCAGAGUGAAGAUGACCUCGGAGGAAGAGGUGAUCAUCCUGCAGGAGGAGCUGGAGGCCGCGAGGAAGGCGUUGACCUGCUGCCGAGCCGAGUGCAGCGGCACCAAGACGCUGCUCGGCAGGAAGGCCGAGGAGCUCCAGCUGGCCAGGCGUCAGUCUGCACAGGAGGCCCGCAGCAGGCAGGAGCUGGACGGCUAUCGGGCGCAGAGCCUGGAACGGAUGAGAGCCGCCAUGGAGGACCGGGAGAGGCGGCUCCGGGUCCUCAGCGGGCAGCUGGACCGAGGCAGCCGGAUGAAUCAGUUGCACCGACAACGCAGCGCCAAAGAGAUGCGACAGGUGCGGAGUCGGCUUCAACAGGAGCUCAGCCUCAAACAGGAAGCCUUUCAGCAGGUGAACAGACUGCAGAACCGGGUGACUGACCUGGGAUCAGCUUCUACAACGGGGCCAAGCAGGUCUUAUCAUAAGCCGUCAGUCAGCAGAUGGAGGACUACAAGUCCCUCAGCAGGUCUGCAGCGGGUCAGUCGGCAGCAGUCCGGCCUCACAAGCUGCGCCGUGCUUCAGGACUCGGCUGCAGAGCCACGAGUCCAGAGAGCAGAACCAGCCGGGAGCCGCUCCCACACAAGAAUAGACCGAGCUAAAGCAGAACCGUCUCGUCUGCGUGUCCCGACUGCGACGUCACCGGACCGGAGAGACUCAUCCUGAACAACAACAACAACUUGUUUACCAACUUUUCUCUGAUUCACUUUUAAAUCUCAGGAGUUAGUGAGUUAACCUGGUCAUCUUUGUUAUUGUUGACGCUAGGCUGUAAUAGUCAUUCAACAAGGCAUUUUAUUAUCCAUAAUAUUUAAGAAUGUCUUCCAGUCAUAUACUGUACAUGCGUCUUCCCUUAACAUCAUUAUGCUGCUUUGAUAAAUUUUUCAGUCUCACGUGAAAUUAAUAAUGAUACAAUUGUUUAUAUCAAUAGAAAAUAAAAU